AUGACACCGAUGUGAGAAACGGUGGGGUUCGGUGGUGCACAGCCACAGUGUUGUGAGGGUUCGGUUGUGUGUUAGAUGGUGGUCGUUGUUUAUGUUGUGUAGCGGCGGCGUCAGUGAGGCCUCCGGGACGGUGGAUACCAUCAAUACCCCAGCCAGUUGUACCUCUCUCACAGUCUCCAGAGCCACCAUGACUAUGGCAUACCCUAACCAGCCUCCUCAACGAGGAAGGCCGCCACCCAACCCUGCUCAGAUUCAAAAGAUGUUGGAUGAGAAUUCGCAGUUGAUCAAGACCAUCACUGAGUAUCAGAGCCAGGGGAAGGCUCAAGAGUGCUUUCAAUACCAACAGUCUCUUCAUCGAAAUUUAAUGUAUUUGGCAUCGAUGGCAGACACAUCACAAAAUAUGGCUCAGCUUCUGCCACCUCCACAGAUGCCUGGGCAGCAGGGUCAAGGAAGUGAGGGUCCCCAGGGUGGUCCUCCUGGACAGGGUCCUCCUGGUCCCCAUCCACCUCCUCCAGGAGCAUAUCCUGGCCAACAGCCAACGCCGUAUAGGCCACCAGGUCCUCCAGGCAUGAGUGGUGGACCCCCAGGACCUGGUGUGGCUGGGUUUAGGAUGCCAUAUGGACAGUUGCCUCACUCUCAAGGACCCUAUCCACAACCCUACCCACCACAGGGACAGCAGUAUGGUCAGGGAGGCUAUCCACCAGCAUCAUCUGGGCCCCAGGGCUAUCCUGGCAGCUCUUCUACACCACCUGCUCCAGGUGCUAAGGGAUAUGGAACACCACCACCCCCAUCUUCCACCCCAGGCUACCCACAAUGCCCUCAGGGACCUCCAAGUUCCCAGGCUCAGGGACCUCCUCCACCAAAUAAUCCAUCUGAAUUCAGCCAGUCAUCACAGCAGUUUCCUGGCACUCCUCCUACUUUUACAUCUGCCCCAGUCUCUUCUGCUCCUGUCCCAAGCUCAACUUCCUCUACAUAUUCUGCUCCAUCAUCGCAGUAUCCAGGAAGCGGGCCUACUUCUCAAUCCUUCCAGAUGCCCCCAUCCUCUGCUCCUCCUACAUCAUCCUCAUCAACAUUGUCAGGAUCUCCACAGUCCGCUUCCACUCCCCCUACAUCAUCAGCACCAGGUGGGCCACCUUCCUCAACAACUUCAACUACACAUGCUGGCCCUACAUCAAUGUAUGGUGGCACACAAUCUCAACAAUCUGCUCCACAACAACCACAGCCACAACCACCACCCCAGUCACAGCCAACUGCACAGACAGCACAUCCACCUACACAACCACAACCACCUCAGCAAACAACUUCACCAAAUCCCCCUCCCACAUCAGUUGUUCCCUCUUCAACACCAACUCCACCUACUUCUCAGAGUUACCCAGGUACACCACCUCCAGUUUCCCAGGCUGGGCCACCUUCUCAGGCACCCCCACCACCACAGCAGGCCCCUGGUCCAUACCCACCCACUUCUCAGCAAUACCCAGGCAGUGGAGGUCAAGCUUAUCAUCAAGCUUAUCCUCCAAGUCAGUAUCCUCCUAGUUCUCAAGGUGGUUACCCACCUCCUGGUCAAUAUCCAGGUGGUCAGCCAUACCCACAACCCUAUGGCUCCUACCCACCACCACCAGGCAGCCAUCCAGGCUAUGGUGCACCUAUGCCUAAUGCUCAACCUGGAUAUCAGCAUCCUUCAGGACCUGGGUAUGGGCAAGGUUAUCCACCUCCUCCUGGGGGACAAUAUGGUCAGUACAGACCCUCGCCUGGCCAAGGUCCACCGCAGGGACAGUUUCCUGGCUAUGAACAGAGCCGUUAUCCAGGGUACCAACCACCUCCACCACCUUCAGGCCCUCCUUCUGCUCCACACUAAGCUUUUAUUAAUGUCUAGUAGAUACUUUGCAGUUUUUAUGAAAUUUUUGAAAUGUUAAGAAUUUACCUUUUGGGAUUUUUUUUUUUUUAUGUUUUAGU